AACGUUUCUGUUUUGAAAACGUUAACCGCCGCUGUGUCUCCUUGCUGUCGGCUACUGGGGAGCGGAGUUCAAUGCUCUUAGUUUAGUGGGAAUUAAUUUCUUCUUUAAGAUAUUCAAUACUGAAAGUAGAGUGGUACCGAACAGUAGAAUGACGCGACGAACGAGUAAUCGAAUCCGGAAGAUGAAACGAACAUACAGUCCAUCCGCUGAAGAUGAUACGUCACCUAAUACUCCAUCUACAUCGAAAAGAAUUCGAGAAGAACCUCGCAGUAUUUCCUUGAGCACCUUAAAGUUAUUAUCUGAUUCAAGCACUGAAGAGGUCGCGAAUGAUAAAGAAUGUGGUAGUAUAGCACUGAAUUAUAAUUCUUUUUGGAAUUUUGCUACUUCGUUGAGUUAUCCGAUCGUACGUGAAGAAAUCGCUAAUGAUAAGGUGAUUACGAUAUUACUGAAAGAAAUAUCCAGAGCAAUUCACCAACUAAUUUCUGGAGCGAAACUUGUUAUGCAGCGAGCCGAAAGGCAAAAGCUUUUGUGCGAUGACUUAAAUACAUUCAUCGCAGUAGAAGGUGGAAAGUUGCUGUUCGGUUUCACAGAAGAUAACAAAUGGCAAAAGAUUGGUGAUGUAUUUGUGCCUAGUGACGAAAUUCUUGACCUGAGGUUCUGCUCUCCAAGUGUCCAGCUCGAAACACUUAGUGGCAGAUAGUUACAAGUAUAACAAACCAGCAGAAUCGGAGGGUAUCAAAAAAGAGGAAAGCAAGUCCAACAUGAUACGGAACACAAAAGAAUAUAUUCUGAACGACUUAUAAGUCGCCAAUCAUCAUUUGUGACCUGCAUUGAAUAAUAAAGUUUAAGUGCCGUGCAUAGUUUUGGUACUGUAAUUAAACGUUUCACAG